AUGAUCGUGUCAGUGUCGUGUCUGGGACACAGCCUCAGUGGCUUUGGAUUCUCCUUUCUCAGCUUCUGCUUUGUUCUGCUUCUUCAAAGAGCCACAGGUGCAGGGAGGGAACUGAAGUUUGUGACAGCGGUUUACCGACAUGGUGACAGAAGCCCCGUUUCAACUUUUCCCACAAACUCCUAUCAAGAAUCCAUUUGGCCACAAGGAUAUGGACAACUCACCAGGGACGGAAUAAAGCAACAGUACAAACUUGGACGAUAUUUGAGGAAAAGAUAUGGAACAUUUUUAAGCCUUGAAUACAAAAGAAAGGAGAUUUAUGUCCUAAGCACAGACGUUGAUCGAACUAUUAUGAGCGCUCAAAGCAACUUAGCUGGCCUCUUUCCUCCAACUGGUGGCCAAGUAUGGAACCAACGCAUUGCUUGGCAGCCUGUUCCAGUUCAUACUUUGCCUCGUAAACAAGAUCGGCUACUGUACUAUCCUAUCCUUGACUGUCCACGAUUUCUUAAACUUCUGAAGGAAACCAUGGAUUCAGGUGCAUUCAAGCUCAAACUGAAAGACUAUAUGCCAUUCGUAGGUGAAAUAGCACCUAAACUAGGAUAUGAUGUGAAAACUCUUCUGGACGUGAACAGUCACAAGCUCUGGAAUGCAUAUGAUGCCUUACUUGUUCAGUCUCUCCAUAAGUAUCGUAAUGAUGACUGGGUAGAACCGAGCACAAUGAAGAAGAUGAAAUCACUGCUGGAGGUGGCCAUAACCGCAGUCUUUGGGGACCACAAAAGAGAAGAAAAAUCACGACUGCAAGGAGGUCUCCUUGUGAAAGCUAUUUUGGAAGAUAUCACAAAGGCUGCUACCAGUGCUGACCCCAAAAAAAUGGCGAUGUAUUCAGCGCAUGAUAUCACAAUAGUUGCCCUCCAAUCAGCCCUGGAUGUAUUUGAUAAAAAGCUACCUCCUUAUGCUGCCUGCCACCUUUUUGAGCUAUAUCAAGAAGCAAAUGGGCAAGUAUCCACUCAGAUGCAACAUGCAGCCGUGCUUUCCUGGGCAAUCCCUUUUUAUAGUCACUUCUCAAACUAG